AUGGCGACAACAACAGACAAAAUUCCUUGUGUUAAAUGCAAAAAACCAAAAAACACACUAACAUGUCAUGGAUGUUCUCAAGCUUUUUGUCUAAAUCAUAUCAAUGAACAUCAUAAUGAGCUGAGCGAACAAUUAGUUACGAUUGAAGAUCAAUUUAAUGAGCUCAGAAUUGAAAUCGAUGAACAAAAAUCUGAGCUACAAAAACAUGAAUUAAUAAAAAUUAAUAGGUGGGAAAGUGAUUCGAUCGAAAAGAUUCGACAAGUAGCCAAUGAAGUUCGUCAUGAACUUUCAUCGUAUGGCAAUAUAUUGAUUACAGAUCUCAAUUCUAAAUUAAAACAAUUGGCCGAAAAACUCGAUCAAUGUCGUAGAGAGGAUGAUUUUAUCGACACAGAUAUUCAAUUUUUCAAUGAAAAACUCACACAAUUGAGAGACACUCUCAACAAUCCAUUCAACUUCGAAAUUGAACAAGAUUCAACAUCUUUCAUCGAAAAACUUCGUCUUACAAUAAAAAUACCAAGUCUUCACAAUGAAAAUCUGAAUGCGAAUGUGAAAUGGAUACAGGACGGUGUCACUGUCGCUGGAGGAAAUGUACAAGGUGGUGGAAUCAAUCAAUUCAACCAUCCAUGGAGUUUGUGUGUUGAUAAUUAUCAAACUGUCUAUAUUGCUGACUGCUACAAUCAUCGUAUUGUGGAAUGGAAAUACGGUGCGAUGACUGGUCGAGUUGUGGCUGGUGGAAAUGGAUCUGGAAAUCUUCUUGAUCAGUUGCACUAUCCGGCAGAUAUAAUUAUUGAUAAAGAAAGAGAUAGUCUUAUCGUUUGCGAUUAUACCAACAGAAGAGUAGUUCGAUGGGAUCGUCAAGAUGGUAAAAUUGGAGAAACGAUCAUCGAUGAUAUUGGAUGUUGGGGAUUGACGAUGGACGAUGAUGGAUUUCUCUAUGUUGUUGAUAAAGAUAGACAUGAAGUUAGACGAUACAAAAUGGGAGAAGAUCAAGGAGUAUUGGUUGCAGGUGGAAAUGGGCCAGGAAAUCGUCUGGACCAGUUAUAUGAUCCGAAAUACGUAUUUGUCGAUCAAGAACAUUCAGUAUACGUAUCGGAUUCUAGUAAUCAUCGUGUGAUGAAGUGGAUGAAAGAUGCGAAAGAGGGCAUUGUUAUGACUGGUAGUCAAGGUCAAGGAAAUAAUCUUACACAAUUAUCAAAUCCUCUUGGAAUUGUCGUGGAUCGAUCUGGUACUCUCUAUGUAGCUGACUGUUCGAAUCAUCGAAUAAUGAGUUGGUGUCAAGGAGCCACACAGGGAAGUGUUAUCGUCGGUGGAAAUGGUCAAGGACGUCAAACAAAUCAACUCUCUGGUCCAAUUGGUGUAUCAUCAUCAUCACCAUCAUCGGAUAGUGUAAGAGAGAUGAUUUAA